GCUCGUGCUGCAUCACUCCGGGAAACACGUACGCGUUUAUCACUUCCCACACACACUCAUAUAUGAGGAUAUUUACACACAGUCGCGCGCGUUUAGCAGGAUAUUUAAACUCACGCGCGCGACACACGCCUGCGGGAAACGCGCAUUUCAGCAUAUGUUUGCAGACCAGACGGAGAAACCGCCCGUGCGCUCCUCCACCUCACAGAGAGACACAGGCAAACCGCAGGAAAAGUCAACUUUAAAGCAAACUCUCAGCUUUCAUCCACACCGGGGUCCGCUUUGAUCUGCGUCGCCGCGGCUCCGGGAGCGGGAACCGCAGGAGGAGGAUGAUGAUGAUGAAAACCGGGGAUGAAGAGGUUCUGAUCCCGGACGACCGAGCAUUCAGCCGGUUCAAACACGAGUGUGAGGCGGAGGCGGGCUGGACUGUCACACACAACAAGAGCAACAUCUGCGUGUGGAUCCAGCUGCUGGAGGAGGACAAGAGUUUACACAAGAUCAAGUGUCGGAUGACAUGUAAGGACAUUCCAGCAGAGACUAUGUAUGAUGUGCUCCACGACAUCGAAUAUCGGCGGAAAUGGGACGCGAAUGUCAUCGAAACGUUUGACAUCGGCAAACUGACGGUCAAUGCAGAUGUUGGAUAUUACUCGUGGAAGUGUCCAAAGCCGCUGAAGAACCGUGAUGUCAUCACCCUGCGCUCGUGGCUGCCAAUGGGGAACGAUUACAUCAUCAUGAACUACUCCGUCAAGCACUCAAAAUAUCCUCCUAAGAAGGAUCUGGUUCGAGCCGUUUCCAUCCAGACCGGAUACCUGAUCCAGCGCACCGGCCCCUCCAGCUGCACACUCACAUACCUGGCACAGGUGGACCCAAAAGGUUCUCUUCCUAAGUGGGUCGUUAACAAGUCUUCCCAGUUACUGGCUCCCAAAGCGAUGAAGCGCAUCAGUAAAGCGUGUGCGCGGUAUCCCGAGUGGAAGCAGAAGCACAGUCCGGGCUUUAAGCCGUGGUUGUUCCCGGAGCAGAACCCGCUGUCCAGCAUCCCCAUGUCUGAACUCUCCAUCCAGCACGCAGAGUCACUGGAGAACAUCGACGAGAGCGCGCUGAGCGAGAGCAGAGACGAGCGCGCUGAACACAGUGACGAGGACAACGCUAACAACUGACACACACACACACACACACACACACACACACACACACAUACAAACAAAUAGACAAACUCAUAACCCCCCCACCCAACCACACAAGCACACACACACACAAACACACAUACAUAUAGACAAACACAUAAACCCACACACACUUAUAACAAUGCCAACUGACACACUGAACAUGCACACACACACUCUCUCUCUUUUUCUCUCUCACUCACACACACAGACACUUACACAGACUCAAACACACACAUACACUCACACCUGCAUGUGGUUUGACUCCACACACACACACACACACUCGGGGCGCUGCUGCAUGGCUGGAGUUCAGAGAAUGAUGAUGAUGAUGAAUGUAGAGAUGAAGAAUUAAACCAAUUACUGCCUGUGUUUUUGGA